CAUCGGCGGAAAUGUAGGUCAAUGUAGAAACCCAGGCCCAUAAAACACCCCAGCGUUUUUUCCCUUGUUGAAGUGACACGUAGAAUCCAAAAGCCUUACGCGAUGCCACGACGUGAUCGGCUCUGGUUUACCGGUAACUGAAAAAAGAAAAGAAUAAAUGAAUUUUUAUUGAAGGAAGAAACCAGACGCGGUGGUAGAUCAGUUGAUCCCUUUCGUCCGACGUCGAGUCGUCUGGUCGCCGUUGAAAAAGCCAAGCCAUCAUUUUAGUCGUUGAACCUAGCAUUUGCUUUCGUUUAUGGCAUCAGAAUUAAGAUUCGCAUAGUGCUCAGUUUAUCGCUAUCAGUUUUGAUGAUUCAAUUCCUGAAAAUCAUACAGAAAAAUAGGCAGGUACAUUGUUUCAUUUCCAAUAUUGUUGAGUGACAAUGGGAGCAUCAACAUCAACGGAGAAAAAGGUUCCUGAUGACCAAAAAGAGGCUGAAGCCUUGGCAGCUUCAACGGGAGCACUUCCUCAGCUUCAGAGUGCAUUCUCUAAGCUGGCAAAUCCUCAAACUAAUGCAAUCCCUUUCGAAUCCUUACAGAAAUGUUUCUUUUUAGGUUAUGAAAACCGAACUCAAGAAACAUCUGCAGUGCCUGAAUCCUUUCAGGCCAUCCUAGAUCAUGUGGGUUUAACAAUUGCCGAACUGUUCUUCAUUCCUGAGGAAGGAGGAGUUACCUGGGUUGAAUUUCUUAAGGGCUACAACAAAUGUUGUGGAAAAAUAUCUGCAUCUGUGUUGCUUAAUACAUUAAUUAGGGUAUUUGAUGCUACAAUGGUAAAGGUGGGAUUCCCUCCAAAAUUGGAGUUUACAUCCUAUGAGGAUGAAUUUAAGAUGAGUGGUUUCCUUCUUCCCGGUGAUGUGCUUAUGCUUUUUUUGACGUGUUGGGCUAUGUUUUGGGAUUCUAGUACUUUCAAAGCCUUAGGUUCAAAUUCAAAUUUAUUUUUGCCAGAUAUCAAUAAUCUGGUGCUGUCUUCAGUGAUAUCUUGUGCUGAGGUUGGUAAUACCGUAAACAUUUGGGAUUGCGAUAUCUUAGGUUUGGCCAUUGAAGUACCCAUAGAAAAGUUUCUUUCUUGGGCAGUGAAAACUGUUCCAAGUCUUCCAGAUGGACUCUCAGGAUUUGUACAUGCAAGAAUUCUUCAAGCUCCCAGUCGAGAGGAUGGAGUGAAGUCAUCAAGUUCAUCAGCUGUCGAUAUUGACUCACCUGAGACAUCGAAUUCUUUUGUUCUCAGCCGUGGAACAGCGUGGGCAGUUUCCCUUACACAAAGAGGUGGCAUAAGGGAGGAGAUAACAAAAAUAUGUUUUUUGAUCAGUGGGGAUGGAAAUUAUGAGAACUUACUUUAUAGGUCGUCACUUCAUGGGAGAGGCUUGAAUAGAUUCUGGUCCAAUGUCGAAGGUUACCAGGGUCCUUUGUUUGUGGUUGUUCAUGCCGUAUCUGGAGACACUCGUGAUGGUUGCACCAACGAAUUGAAAUGGACUGUCGGUGUACUGACAUUCCAGGGUUUUGAAAAUAGGGAUCUGUUCUAUGGAAGCAGAGGAAAUAUCUAUGCUCUUAGUCCAGUUUUCGAUGUAUAUUCACCGACUGGGAAGGAAAAGAACUUUGUCUAUAGCCACUUGCAUCCCUCUGCAAGGGUUUAUGAACCACAUCCAAAGCCGGUUGGAAUUGCAUUUGGGGGAAGUAUGGGAAAUGAGAGAAUAUUUAUUGAUGAAGAUUUUGCCAGAGUUACCGUUCGCCAUCACGUGGUUGACAAAACUUACCAGCCUGGUCCUCUCUUCCCAGGUCAGGGGUUCCUCCCUGUCGAAGCUUCCAUUUUAGAAGUGGAAGUUUGGGGAUUUGGCGGCUCCAGGGCUAAGGAAAUACAAAAUUCCUACAAAAAGAGAGAGGAACUUUUCACUGAGCAAAGAAGAAAGGUUGAUUUGAAAACAUUUGCAAGUUGGGAAGAUUCACCGGAGAAGAUGAUGCUAGACAUGAUGUCGGACCCAAAUGCUGUUCGAAGAGAAGACCGUUAGAAAAUGAUGAGAUGACAUGAUGUAAAUGAGUAAUCGAGUAAUGGUGAUAUUCUAUUUCUUUUAAGGAGCUGAAUAUUCAAUUUAGAAUGUGGAAAUCUUUGUAGGUUGAUUUGAAAACAUUUGCAAGUGAAGAUUCACCGGAGAAGAUGAUGAUAGACAUGAUGUCGGACCCAAAUGCUCUGUUUGACGAGAAGACCGUUAGAAAAUGAUGAGAUGACAUGUUUUUUCCCCCUCAUUACGAAUGGUCAAUGCUGUGUGUACAUUUGUCGGUAUAGCUUAAAUGGAUGGUGGCAGUACAAAAUUCUAUGAACUGCAAACUAUAUACAGUGUCUAAUGUUUCUGUUGUCUAUUUUCUCCAUGAUAUAUACUUGGCCCUGAGGGGCAGUAUGGUCACCUGGCUCGUGUCCAUUGCCAUAGAAUAA